ACACGUGAUCAUCUAUAAAUAUCCAAAUUGAAUAAGUGAGACAGCUAGACAAAAUGGCACAAAUACCAGUGCGAAAGUGUGGAUUCUGCAAUAAAGCCGUAGCUGCACUAUUCUGUGAAGGAUGCCAUCAAACUUUAUGCGUCGAUUGCAAACAGAAUGUUCAUGAUAAAGUUCCAAUUUUCAAGGAUCAUGCAGUUGUUAAUAUUAACAAGGAAGGAAACCAUGUGUUCAAAUCAAUACCUGUGUGUGAAAAACACAAGUCAAAAUUUCGUUAUUAUUGCAGCAAAUGUGAUUGUCUCACAUGCGAAGAAUGCAUGACUAGUACUCAUAAUGAACACAGGACUGACAAGAUAAAAAAUGUCGCUGAUGCCCGGCGUGAAAGGGUGAAACAAAUUUUAGACAAAUUGAAAACGAAAGUUGAAGCAAACGAAAACAAGGUUAAAACUAUUGACACUGAACACUCCUCUCAAAUAAGUUUACAAUGUGAUUCUUAUGUUAUAAAGGUUGAGGAAACGGCAAAAGAAUUACACGAUAUCAUUGAUCGGAACAAAGUUAUAUUCAUGACCAAGGCUUCGGACUUCAAAGAAAUAGAAACGCAAGAUUCAAAUAAAAGACGCUCUUUCUUCCACAGACUUUAUGAGGAAUCAACGGACCGCAUGCUGAAGUACAAAAAUCUAAUGCAUGAAUCGCAUGAUGUUUUAUUUUUUGUUGAAUGGAAAAAUCUCCAAACAGAUAUCGAAGUAAUUAAUGAAAAAACAGAGCAACCACUUAAUAGUCCAAAACAAAUGGAAAGUUUUGACAAGAACAGUUUUACACGUACAGUAAUUGAGGAGAUUAAUGAUCAAGUCAUUAGUAGAAGCAGCGAUGUCUUGGACACAACUUUUGAAGAUGAAUGUUUGGAUGAUUGUGUCAUCUGUAUGGAUACCAUAACAGAACCUAUGAGGCUAAAUUGUGGUCAUGUCUUCUGUGUUGACUGCAUUGAAGAAUCAUUAAAGAUUAAACCAGUCUGUCCAACCUGUGGAACAGUACACGGAAUACUUACUGGUAACCAGCCCGAGGGAACCAUGGAUAUUCGUACAUCAAUGAUAUAUUUAUCAGGAUAUCGGAACUGUGAAACAAUAGUUAUAGAAUAUGACAUACAUUCUGGAAUUCAAGAGAAAGAUCAUCCACAACCUGGUAGACGCUUUGACGGUAUUACACGUACUGCCUACCUACCUAACAAUGAAAGGGGCAGACAGAUUUUAAAGAUGUUACAAGUGGCCUUUAAAAGGAAAUUGGUGUUUACUAUCGGUUGUUCAAGAACAACUGGAAAAAAGGGAGUUGUAACUUGGAAUGAUAUACACCAUAAGACAAAUCCGAAUCCAAACACAAAAUUUGGAUAUCCAGAUGAAACGUAUUUUAGCAGAGUGAUAGACGAGCUUGCAGUUAAAGGUGUCACAGAGAAAGAUAUUUGAAAUGAGUGUGAAAUCCACAAAACUUGUUAAAAUCAAGACAGUAACUUGUGAAACUU